AUGAAUCAGUCAGUAACAAUUAUUGUAUAUAGAUUUAAUCCUAUAAUAGAACAACGUACUCGGAGUGCGCGACGAACGACAACACAAAGUAGCGUGAAUACGACGAGAGACUCGCAACUUCUGUCUCUUUUGGCUGCGAGGCGGAGACAGUUGCUGACCGGGAGGCUGACCACACAUAUCAACACUAUAGCUACCUUAGCUCAUAAGCCUCACAAAGGUAAUACGACGUUUGCUCAACUAGAAAUUAGAGAUGCUAAUAGCAGCGUUGUGAAAAGAAUAACUUUUGAAAACUCUACCAAUGAAGCAAUUGCACCAACCCUGAAGUUCGUAUCUCGAGAAGGUAAUAAAGAAAUACGUCAAGAUGUGAAACCCCAUGAAAUCAGACAUUUAUUUAUACCAAGAAUAUUAUACCAAGAAAAUAAAAGCAGAGCUGGGUUUUUAAAUAAUAGGAGGAAAGAUAUAGGAAGUAGAACUAUUACAACAGAUACUACUACAGGCAGUGCAAUAGUUUACGUGCCACCAGAAAAGCUCGACGGACUCGAUAAAGAAGUCGAAUUAGAUCCUGAAGAAGAAUUUCAGGUAGAUGAAUCUAACCAUGGACUUUACUUGCUCAAUUAUUCCGACACUGAUAAUGUGACUCAGGGACAUUUAGAGUUGAAUAAAAUUCCAUCAAGUAACGAAAUUAAAGAAAAUAUCACAUUCUACCCUGAAUCUACUACAAUAUCCAAUGAAGAGAAAGAAAAAACAACACCUUUUAUCGAACAAGAAAAGGAAGACAAACCAGAAGCUAAUACCAUAGCAAACAGUACUGAUACCCAGAAUUCAAAAAUUGAAAAGAUAGAUAAUGAGAAAGAUAAAGUUAAUCAAACUCUGUUUAUGUCAGAAGAAAUAUAUAAUCAUUUUCGUCCUCUUGAAUCUGAAUUACCUGAUGAAGAAAUGGCCCCAUUUAUAUAUUUUGGUCAAAAACUUGGAGGUCAAGGAAUUACUGACAAUUUAACAAAUUCACCUUCUCUCUCCGCAUCAACAAAGUCGGUUAAUUUUAUAGCUGCACCCCCGGAAAAACGAAAAUUCAAUUCAAGGUAUUCCGCAACAGAAAAGUAUAAAAAUAGUAGUGCAGGUGAAGAAGAAAUUAAUGAAGAUAUGGAUGUAUCCGUGGUUAAAAAUAUAAUAGAAAAGAAUAAAAUAAGAAAUACAGUAAAAGGACCUGCACCAGCACGUCAUGUUGGUUUAGUUAAUGCGUAUAGAAAAUUUUCAAGCACAACGCAAUCAACUCCAAAACCUUCAUCAAUUUUUCUAUUAAACAUAACAGAACCGAUUGUGCAAAAUAUUACACCAAGUAUUUUAGAUAAAGACAAAGAAAAUACUAAAUUAAACGACACAACUCCAUUGCAAGAAGCAUUAAUAAGUUCAAAUGGGACUUUGAAGGAUAUUACAACAAAUAAAACAAGUUCUACACCUCCACCAAGGAAUUUUACGAGAACAUACUUUAAUUUACGCAGGCGCCCGACUAGAGUAAGUACUUCGUCUAGUACUGAAAAUGGUUUGCUGGAAGUAGUGAAUACAACUACUACUGAAAAAGCUUCAACAUCAGUUUACACGGCAGUUGUUACUUCAGUAUCAAUAACAUCAUCAGUUAAAGGUCAAAAUAAAACAGAUUUACCGUUGACAGAUAACAGUACAAUUGCUGGAAGUUUAGAAGAAACGAAUAAUAUAACUAUACCAAAGGCAAUUUUAAUAAAUGAAACGGACACUGAAACUACCACCUCUCCAACUACAACUGUAAGACCAUUCAGACAUCGCAUACGAAUUAGAACCACCACGACUGAAGGUCCAUAUACUACAAGUUCUUCAACAUCUGCAGCUUUGACACCUUUUUCAGAAUUUCCUCCAACCAGUGACAAGUAUGUUCAAGAAACUACAACUCCCAAGAUAAGUGAUAGAAUAGGUUCUGAAUUUCGGCUAGAUGAUUACGAAAAUACAACUAAUGGAAUUACAAUAAAACCAAAAAAUAUAACAAGAAGGCGUAGACCAACAACUACAACUACAACAACCACAACGACUACAUCUACAACAACUGCCCCUAGCUUAACUACAAUAAAUGGUGCAGAAUCAACCACUUCAAGUACAGCACCAACAACAAUACAAACGAUGUAUGACACAGCGGAAAAUUCAAUCAAAUCCUUUAUCGUUACAUCACGAUCUCCAACUGAGUCUAGUUCUAAGCCCCUUGUACUGUCUGGCUCUAACGAGACUAACAAAACAUUUAACAGCACUGUACUGAAUAAUAACAGUGAUGAUUCACAAAACGAAGAAGUCGUGAUCGAAGCCGAAAAAACCUAUACAGCAUCAUACGUUUUGGCUGGUUUAGGUUUCUUACCCGUUAUAGCUGUGGUAGUUUUUGUUCUACGAAAUCUUUUAAAUAAGAAAACCAAAGAAAUCGAUACCGAAUACGAAGGCUAUUUCGACGAUGGUGGUGACAUUAAAAAAGAAUCGCCGAUUACUCCUGUAGCCCGUCCUCCAUUACCCACUCCCACUAAGCCUGACCAGAAAUGGGAGUUUCCAAGAAACAAGCUUAGACUACAAACUUUAUUGGGACAAGGGAAUUUUGGACAGGUGUGGAAAGCCGAAGCAGACGAUUUGAAUGGUCAUGAUGGACUGACACGGUUAGUCGCUGUGAAAACGAUUAAAGAAUCAGCCUCACAGAAAGAGAAACAAGAGCUCUUGCAUGAAAUCUACAUAAUGCAGAAGAUUGGGACACAUCCCAAUGUUGUGACUAUUCUUGCUUGUUGUACUGAACAAGAACCCUAUCUUCUGAUAAUGGAGUACGUGAUGUGUGGAAAGCUUUUAACUUAUCUUCGCGAGAGGAGAUCUAGACCAGAUCGCUUCAGUGGCAGUGGUGCCUUAACUUCCCGUGAUCUAACAGUCUUUGCGUAUUGUGUCGCAAGGGGGAUGGAUUAUAUUGCUUCUAAAGGGAUUGUCCAUCGUGAUUUAGCAGCUCGUAAUGUCCUCGUGGAUCACAACAAAUUAUGUAAAAUAGCUGACUUUGGGAUGUCGAGGUGUGCGGGUGCUGGAGCUCGAGGUGGCCGAGGAGCAUUGCCAGUCCGUUGGAUGGCACCAGAGGCCUUGUUGUACAAUGUGUACAGCCAUCACACAGAUGUAUGGGCCUUUGGGAUAUUGCUGUGGGAAAUUGUUACAUUAGGUUCAACGCCUUAUGCAGCUAUGUCUGGACGAGAAGUAUUAACUGCCGUCACGGAAGGCUAUCGGCUUGAACGGCCUCCUCACUGCAAGCCACAACUAUACCGAGCUAUGCACUCGUGUUGGCAUGCUGACCCAUCUCAACGACCAACAUUUGCUACUUUAAAGUCUCAAUUAGCUGAGCUCCUCGAUAACGAGCCUUCUGAAGGCAAUUAUGUAGACUUGGACUCAUUCUAUCAAGAAUCAUCAGUAUAUAGUGAUCCAUCUGCGAUAAUUCACGAUGAUGAUGGGCUAUCUGCGGAAUAUGAUAGGGAAAGGCGGUGUUUCAGAGAGUUACAAACGGGACCACCAAAAUUCGAAAAUCGAGCGUUUAACUUACGAGAUGAAGAGCUCCGAAAUAAGUUUAGUAUCGGGACACCGCGAAUGGGUGGAUUUGGAAUCCGAGACGUCCCAUUCAACGACAGAAAUUUUUCCGACGGAGAGUUUAACGAAAGAAACUUUCAGGAUAAAAAUUUUCCUGAUAGAAAUUUUACCGAUAAAAACUUUAACGAAUCGAACUUUACUGAACGUAAAGAUGGUAAGUUGUCAACAUCGAGUUUUCAUAGAGAGAGGGAAAGAGAGAACCCUUUAGUUAGUAGAAACAGCUUUAAUGGCUUUCCAAGAAUCGGAACAAGGGAAAAUCAUUUCCAAAUGGCUCCAGAUGGUCGGAAUAAAAGGGUAUCCGAAUUCGAAUGUGACAUU